AAAUCAUCUGCCUGUUAUUACGUUGUGUAACUACAAGACAAGAUGGCGGAAACCGGGAAGGUACUUUUUCGAGAGGCGUGGUUGCAAAACAACUUUCCGGACUCCAUACGAACCGACGCUAUCUCCGGGGUCUGGGACUUCUUAAAUGCGAUUGAUUGGAGCGAGCCAUGGCUGAUUGGACUGCAGGUGUUCCAUGCCUGCUGUUUCAUCCUGACCUUCCUGACUAGGAAACACAUCAACCUGCAAUGUGCCCACUUCUGUGUUCUCUUGCUUCUUGCAUAUUCUGCACAGUACAUCAAUGAAUGGGCAGCAAACAAUUACAAGCUAUUCUCCAAGCUGCAGUACUUUGACAGCAGUGGGCUGUUCAUCUCCCUGGUGCUGUCCCUGCCACUGUUGCUUAACUGUCUCAUCAUUGUGAUCAUGUGGUUUUCUGCAUCCUGGGACUUGAUGAUCAAGGUCAAGAGGUCAAAGAUCAGGUCGCAAAUCACGGAAGCUAGAAACAGCAAAAAAUCUGCCGGAAACAAGGAGCAGGAUAAAGGUGGUGCAGAGGACAAGAAGAAAGACUGAAGAGUGCCUACUUUAAGAUGGUGGAUACAAUGCACUUUUCAGAGCAAACCCUUAGGGGUGUGCACACACUUUGUUGUGAGACAAGCUUCAAUUGUCUGAACAUUGGCGAACUAUUCACAUGCUUACUGCUACAAAUCAACUGUGUGUCACUAAACCCUGCCCUGUUGGGUUUCUGUUGACAAGUGCACUAGAUACAUAGCUUUUCCCCUGCAAGAAGUCCCAGUAAAUUGUACUUUAAUGUAUAGACCAUUUCAUGUUUGGAUAAUAAUAGUGAAAAUUGAUAUAAACCAUUAGCCAAGCUUAAAUGUAUGCUUCUGUACUUUCAAUUCAACUGCUCCAUGUUCUUGUGUUAUUGUGUUUAUGAUUUGUUACACCAGUACUUCAUAUUAUAAUUGAUAGGCUUCAGUGAAGGUCUUGUAUAUAGUUUGUUCAUAUUAUGAACAAUAUCCUUUUUUGUUUUUGUUUUUGAACAUUCCAUAUCAUUCCCCCCUAGAGUCCUAGACAUUGUUUUUUUUUACGGAUUUUUCAAUCCCUAACAAAAAUAAAGGAGCUGCAUAUGUACAUGUAUGUAGGAAAUCAGCCUAGGAGUUUAUGGAACUUUUGUUCAAAACUUUUUACAGGGGAAUGAGGAGUUAUGAAUUGGCCAUGGAUAAUAAUGUUUUCGAAAAUGUGACCACCCCUUGGAAUAAUAAUAAUGCAUGAUAUGGGAGUUUUGGGAGAUUGCAGUGACAAUUAAGUGUGAUAAGUGUUCAAUUGUUGUGCCUUUAUUUGCCUUAAGUCCAUUUCAAGUUUAAAAAGGAACCAUCUGAAAUAUGACUCUGUCCUCAAAUGCAAACUUUGUGGUUGUCUGUAGUCUCUGACAAACUUAAACACUGCCUCUACUAACUGCUUAAGGCUUGCUUAAGGGUAGGGAUAAAAAGAUUAAAUAGUAAGAUUUUUGAAAUAUGGCAAGAUUGUAGAGAUGAUUUUAGUAUUGAAGAUUUAUGAUAUAGCUUCAUAAUUAGGGAAAGUUGUAAUACUAUUACAGUAAGUACUGAUUAUGUAGCAAGGCAAAUUAGAAGGAACUUUUCAAAGGAUGUAUUGUAAAAUUGGAAGAAGAUAAAGAACAUUUGAUUUAGUCUUUCAUGUGACCUGUUUAAUACAACAGUCAUUCACUUAUUUACCUCUGUAUUUUUAUGGUGUUCAGUCUUGCAUUGUGUCAGUGCUUUUCUAUGUCUUUGUAAUGUGUUUUCAUCCGUUUAGAACAUGUUAUAUUCAAGCUGACUUUUUUGUCAUCCAUUGCAGAAAAAAAGCCAGACGCACAAGAUUUGAUCAAAGCGUUCUGGGGAACAUCUGUUAUAGAAACACUUGAUCAUUUUGAAUGUCUUUGUUUUAGUUUAGUUUUUUUAAUGUUUGUUAAAAUGUGAGAAGUUGACAGUAUGCAUGAGUCUUGGUGGCACAUGUAAGGUCUUUGACUUGAGAAACUUCUGUUAGUCUGCCUUAUUUCUGAUGCCAGUAAUUUGUGAAGUGAAGCAUUUGUACCCUGCAUUUGUUCAUUAUGGUUGUCAUGCAUAUAUGUACUGUUAUCUACAAAUAAUCUUUAGCUUUUAUGUGUAAUAAAUGUUAUAUGCAAUCUCA